AUGCGGCUGAUCCUUUCCCUACCGCUGCUUGCCACGGCGGUUUCUGUCCUCUCCGUGAGGGUCCCAUCUGUUGCAGAGGAUUUGAAGACGCUUGUAGCAAUAUCUUCAUCAGUAGCUGUUGAUCUCCGUGCGAGGUGGAGUACAUACAAUGCCCCCAUCCCGUCGAUCGUGGUGAACGUGACAACAGAGAAGGACGUUGCCGCCGUUGUCAAAUACUGUGCGAACCGCAGGAUACCCUUCACUGCUCAGAACGGUGGUAACGGCUGGGGCAAGACCUUCAACCUCGGCAGCAACGGCGUUAUCAUCAACUUGGCUGGCCUGAAUGCCGUCACUUUCAGCAAGACGAAGACGGAAGCCACUAUCGGGGGUGGCUCAAUCAUUGGCGACACAAUCAAAGCGGCCAACGCUGCCGGUGUGUUGGUCCAGACUGGCAACUGUAACUGUGUUGGCACCCUAGGCGCCAUCCUGGGUGGUGGCUAUGGAAACCAGAUGGGCGAAGUCGGCUUCGGCGUUGACAAUGUUCUCUCCUUGCGCGUCGCAGUCGCCAGCGGAGAGGUGCUCACGGCCUCGCCGACAUCCAACCCGGACCUCUUCUGGGCCCUCCGCGGCGCCGGACCCAACUUUGGCAUCGUCACGUCGGCGAUGGUGAAGGCGCGGCCCACGCCUGCCGAAGGCCGCAACGCUUGGCUGGUGAACCUGUUCUUCUCGCCAGACAAGCUUCCGCAAGUCGCGCAAGCCAUUCAGGACCUCCCUCUAAAGCCGGAGCAGGUCGUCUACCUGGUCCUCACCAACUCAGGACCGCCAUCCAAUGCUCCUGCCGUCCUCGUCACCGGUUUCCUGCGACAAGGCAAUGAUACGACUGGGCGUGCGGCUUUUGCACCGCUGUACAAGCUGGGUCCAAUCUCGAAUAGCAGCAGUGUAGCCGGAUACGAAGGAUGGAACGCAGGGAACGACAACUUUUGCGCGCGCGAGGAACGCAAGCCGGCGUUCAGCACGACCAUCAACCACAUGAAGCCCGAGACCUGGCCCGAGAUCUGGGACCUGUACACCAAGUUCCAGGCCAAGGGGCCCAAUUCUGCCGUUCUGAUUGAGCGGUACAACCUGACCAAGGCUCAGUCUGUGCCAAAGGGAUCUGCGGCGCUGCAAGAGGCCUUGAGAAGGGAGGCCUUUGCGCAGGCGAUUGUGAUUCCUUGGUAUACAGACGCCGCGUUGGACGGCGAGGCUGAAGAUUUCGCGCGCAAGGUUAGGGACAUUUGGAGUUUCUCGCCGAGUGCGGUGGCUAACCCGACUUAUGUCAACUUUGCACAUGGCGAUGAGACGCCUGAAGCGAUAUAUGGGCCGAGCCUUGCGAGGUUGAGGAAGCUUAAGAAAAGAUGGGAUCCUUUGGGCGCUUUCAAUCAGUGGUUCCCCAUUAAAACAUAA